GCAGCAGGGCAGAUGUCCCCAGUCACUCUUCCACCAGGUUUCCGUUUCCACCCAACGGAUGAGGAGCUGGUGGCAUACUACCUCGAUAGAAAGAUCCAUGGCCUCUCCAUCGACCUCGACAUCAUUCCAGAGGUUGAUCUCUACAAGUGCGAGCCGUGGGAGCUACCGGACAAAUCAUUCUUGCCUGGAAGAGACCUGGAAUGGUUUUUCUUCAGCCCAAGGGAUCGAAAGUAUCCCAACGGGUCGAGAACGAACCGUGCUACAAAGGCAGGAUACUGGAAGGCCACAGGCAAGGAUCGUAAGGUUGCUUCUCAGUCCCUUCCCCAUACAUGUUCAACCUCGGUUGGCAUGAAGAAGACAUUGGUCUAUUACAGAGGCCGUGCGCCCCAUGGCAUUCGCACAGAUUGGGUAAUGCACGAGUACCGCCUCGUCGAUCACCAAUGCCAUAUGAGCUCCUCCUUACAGGAGUCCUACGCACUAUGCAGAGUAUUUAAGAAGAGCGGGCUGAGUCCUAAACCAGGAGACCAACAUGAUGAACCUUUUGAUGAACAACCAUACUGGAUAAGUGAGGACUAUCUGCUACGAAAUUCUGUCGGUAUAGACAGUAACACUACUGAUUGUUCACCGGAACUAAUGGGAAGCCCUACCAAUAAGCCUGUAGUAUUGAAGCUCCAGUCUGAUGCCUCCUCAUCAGAAAACAUGAAAGACGUCUUUGAAGAACACAACGAAGGGCCUUCUAAUGUAGUGGAUGAGGGGACCAUUUGUUCUACUGAUAUAAGACACUCACACCUGUAUCAGCAAGAGAUGUUUGAUGAUCCUAAGGAUAUGGAGAUGGAAGGUAUUGCGUCAAAGACAGAACUUUGUUAUCCACCCUUGGAAUUAUCGGAUUUUCCCCCAAUGGACACGUUAGAUUGGAGGAAGUGGACAAGGAACUAUGGGGAGGAAUCCAGUUUAGUGGAGGAGAUCUUGCUGCACGUAGCGUCAUCAUGUGCAUCUCACGAUACAAAUCAAUCAAAUUCUCUGUCCUUCUGGAGCGACAGGCACUCUUCAAUGGAAACUACGUCCGCGUUUCCACACCAAGAAGUUCAAGGGAAGCACGCAUCGAUCCCUGGAAAAUAUGUUCACAACUCCAAACCAAGCGCUUGAUACCAAAUUACAUAUAUAAGUGGGAUUUCAUGUGCAUCGUGAAAUAGAGAGAUGCAUGUUUGAAAGAAAAAAAAUGAAGUUAGAACAAUUGUGCAGAAGCAAUUGAUAAGUACGAUUUAGUGCUGGAGUUUUUUACUUGCAGGAAUUUGUUAAGGUCAAAAGAGCUUGGGGAAGUGUCUGUAAACGUGGUUUUUUUUGUAUAUUAACUGAUUGAGAAGUAAAAUAAAAAGAAAAAUCUU